CUGUACUCCUUUGAAAUUACAGCUGCCCACAAACCAGUGGAAUAUUUGCCUUGGCACCAUGUCUCUCCGGUUUUCUGGCGGAUCCAGGCACGUUGGCAUACAGUCGGGAUCUCUCAGGCUGCCCAGCGGAGGCGCAGGCUUUGCCGGGAGUAGUGCGACGGCUGGUUCAGUUGCUGGUAGUGGAUUUUCUUGGGCCUUGGGAGGGACACUGGGCAGUGCUCCUGGUGGGAGCCAUGCCACCAGUGCCCUGGGAAAUGUCACUGGCGUUUGCUUCGCUGGAAGUGAAGGGGGUCUCCUCUCUGGAAACGAGAAAGUCACCAUGCAGAAUCUUAACAACCGCUUGGCCUCUUACCUGGAUAACGUGAAGGCUCUGGAGGAAGCCAACACUGAGCUAGAGAAAAAGAUCAAGACUUGGCAUGAGAAAUAUGGACCUGGAUCUUGCCGUGGACUUGACCGUGACUACAGCAAGUAUCAUCUAACCAUUGAGGACCUUAAAAGCAAGGUCAUCUCCUCCACGGCUGCUAAUGCUAAUAUCAUUCUACAAAUUGAUAACGCCAGGCUGGCUGCUGAUGAUUUCCGACUAAAGUAUGAAAACGAACUCACCCUUCACCAAAACGUGGAGGCCGACAUCAAUGGGCUGCGGCGUGUGCUGGACGAGCUGACCCUCUGCAGGACGGACCAGGAGCUGCAGUAUGAAUCCCUGAGUGAGGAGAUGACUUAUCUCAAGAAGAACCACGAAGAGGAAAUGAAAGUUCUGCAGUGCGCAGCUGGAGGCAACGUGAACGUGGAGAUGAACGCAGCCCCAGGCGUGGACCUCACCGUCCUGCUGAACAACAUGCGAGCAGAGUACGAGGCCCUGGCUGAGCAGAACCGCAGGGACGCUGAGGCCUGGUUCCAAGAGAAGAGCGCCACGCUGCAGCAACAGAUCUCCAAUGACUUGGGCGCUGCCACCUCAGCCAGGACUGAGCUAACAGAACUGAAGCGCUCCCUGCAGACGCUGGAGAUCGAGCUGCAGUCACUCUCAGCCACGAAACACUCUCUGGAGUGCUCCCUGGCGGAGACCGAGGGCAAUUACUGCUCGCAGCUGGCUCACAUCCAGGCUCAGAUCAGCGCCCUGGAGGAGCAGCUGCACCAGGUGAGGAUGGAGACCGAGGGCCAGAAGCUGGAACAUGAGCAGCUGCUGGAUAUCAAGGCCCACCUGGAAAAGGAGAUCGAGACCUACUGCCGCCUCAUAGACGGAGACGAGAAUUCCUGCUCCAGCUCAAAGGGGUUUGAAUCUGGAAGCUCAGGGAAUUCAUGCAAAGAUGUAUCUAAAACCACACUGGUAAAGACGGUGGUUGAAGAAAUAGAUCAGCGUGGAAAGGUCCUGUCCUCCAGGAUCCACUCCAUCGAGGAAAAGAUGUCUAAGAUGAGCAACGGCAAGGCUGAGCAGAGGGUUCCCUUCUAGCUCCCGCGCUAGGGGGAUAGAGGAACUUGGGGG